CGAGAUCGCAACACUGCACCCCAGCCUGGGCGACAGAGCCCCCUCCCCCACCAAAAAAAGAACAAGUGAGCACCCUGCCACCUAUUGAACAUGUUCAAAGAUGUUCUCAGCCUUAGUCCCAAAAGGAAAAAAAAAAAAUGGAGCAUUUGAGAAUGUUCUUAGCUUUAUUGCUAAGUGAGGAAAGAAAAACAACACAUAUUAAAAAAAAAAACUUGGGUGGAAAGUUAGGGCCAUGUGGCAUGAAAAGGAAGACCCAAGGGAAGUGUGGCCCAUCUAGGGGUGUGGCUACUGCAGUGAUCCAGCUGUAUCACUACACUUCCCUGGCAUCACAGUUAUAGUGUGCCAUUUAUGGAAGAACUCUCCCCGCUGCUCUUGGCUUUGACAGUAGGAAUCGGGUUAUAUAUGGUCCCUCAGUUUGAAGAUAUUUGUCAUUAAAAACCAGAACAUGGGCUCUGAGAUAGGGUCCUUUCCUGACCUAUUCUGGUAAAGUCUUUAUCCUCAGGAUGCAAGGAUACCACCCCCUUCCUUUGGAAAGUGUGGAAUCACAUGCAAAGUGCUAAGUGUUUCAGUUGCUUUGGAGUGCAGAACCAUUUCAGGUAAGGCCAAAUAUUUUAAACAUUAGUAUAGGAAAUUAGAGGGUUCCAUUAGUCUGUGUGUGCAUGAGAAGUAAAAUUGCACAGGAAGCAAUUUAUGGAAAAGUUCACUUGGGAAACAUUGUUUCGGCAGAUUAGUAGUAUGGUGUGCAUUUCACAGGAAAUUCAGUGCCGUGAGUAUUACCUUUAAGCAUCUUAGAUAUAGCAGCUGUUUAUACUUAUGGCUAAGUCAGAAAUACUAUCCCCGAAUUCUAUAUGACCCUAGUUAUACUAUUGAAACUUUCUGUGCCUUUGUGCCUUAAUCCUUGAAUCAGGGAUAAUUUACUUACCUCCUAAGGUUAUUGUAAGGAUUAAAUGCAUAUAGUAUAAAUAAAGCGCUGAGAACAAUGCAUGGCAUAAAGUGAUAGGCAUUAUUAUAGGCUUUUGUUGGCUGUUGAUUGAAGGUGUUCGCUGUUUUGGGGGUGUCCUUUGUUUUAAUAGAGUAACUUCGUACUGUGGAAAUAGCAUGAUUGUGAGCAAAAGAAUCAGAUGGUGGUGGCGGCAGACUUUGCUGUUCCCUUCUUGACUGUUGGUUAUAGCCAAUGCAGGAUAAGUUAUAAAGUCAAGAGCAGAGCCGUUUUCACAGUGGACACUGCUUUGUGAUGUCUGUGAGCUUGCAUGUGGGCAUGACUAUUUUAAUUAAUUCUCUAUGUAAGGAUUUUAAAGUAUUGGCUAUUCGGUAGCUUGAAAACGCUCUAAUCUCAAUGCUUUAAACUGAGAGUAGAAAAUCAAUAAAGCGAAAGAAUGAGACCACGCAGUGUGUAGAAUGAAUGUCUUUUCACUACGUAGGGAAAUCCGUAGUCCUAAGAAAAGAGGGAGUGAGAAUUCUGGUGAAAAGAUUGUGCCUCUGCACAAAGUGCAGGAUCCCAGGGUUCAGAAGGGGCGCGAACGCUCCCGUGUGUUGACCACAUUCCCACUGUUGCUUUUUCAGACAUGCUGAGGAGGACUCCGCUGUGCGCGGUGCUCGGGCUUCUGCGCGCCCAGCCCUUCCCCUGUCCGCCGGCCUGCAAGUGUGUCUUCCGCGACGCCGCGCAGUGCUCGGGGGGCGACGUGGCGCGCAUCUCCGCGCUGGGUCUGCCCACCAACCUCACGCACAUCCUGCUCUUCGGAAUGGGCCGCGGCGUCUUGCAGAACCACAGCUUCAGUGGCAUGACCGUCCUGCAGCGCCUCGUGCUCUCCGACAGCCACAUUUCCGCCGUUGCCCCUGGCGCCUUCAAUGACCUGGUAAAACUGAAAACCCUCAGGCUGUCGCGCAACAAAAUCACUCAUCUUCCAGGUGCGCUGCUGGAUAAGACGGUGCUCCUGGAGCAGCUGUUUUUGGACCACAAUGCGCUAAGGGGCAUUGACCAAAACAUGUUUCAGAAACUGGUUAACCUGCAGGAGCUCGCUCUGAACCAGAAUCAGCUCGAUUUCCUUCCUGCCGGGCUCUUCACGAAUCUGGGGAACCUGAAGUUGUUGGAUUUAUCGGGAAACAACCUGACCCACCUGCCCAAGGGAUUGCUUGGAGCACAGGCUAAGCUCGAGAGACUUCUGCUCCACUCGAACCGGCUUGUUUCUCUGGAUUCGGGGCUGUUGAACAGCCUGGGCGCCCUGACGGAACUGCAGCUCCACCGCAAUCACAUCCGUUCCAUCACACCCGGGGCCUUCGACCGGCUCCCAAACCUGAGUGCUUUGACUCUUUCCAGAAACCACCUCGCGUUUCUCCCCUCUGCGCUCUUUCUUCAUUCGCACAGUUUGACUCUGUUGACUCUGUUCGAGAACCCGCUGGCAGAGCUCCCGGGGGUGCUCUUCGGGGAGAUGGGGGGCCUGCAGGAGCUGUGGCUGAACCGCACCCAGCUGCGCACCCUGCCCGCUGCCGCCUUCCGAAACCUGAGCCGCCUGCGGUCCUUAGGGGUGACUCUGAGCCCGCGGCUGAGCGCGCUCCCGCAGGGCGCCUUCCAGGGCCUGGGUGAGCUCCGGGUGCUCUCCCUGCACUCCAACGGCCUCACCGCCCUCCCCGACGGCUUGCUGCGGGGCCUGGGCAGGCUGCGCCAGGUGUCCCUGCGCCGCAACAGGCUGCGCGCCCUGCCCCGCGCGCUCUUCCGCAAUCUCAGCAGCCUGGAGAGCGUCCAGCUCGACCACAACCAGCUGGAGACCCUGCCUGGCGACGCGUUUGGAGCUCUGCCCCGGCUGAAGGAGGUCCUGUUGGGGCACAACCCCUGGCGCUGCGACUGUGGCCUGGGGCCCUUCCUGGGGUGGCUGCGGCAGCACCCGGGCCUCGCGGGCCUGGAAGAGCCCCCGCGGUGCGCAGGCCCUGGGAAGCUCGCCGGCCUGCCGCUCUGGGCCCUGCCGGGGGGUGACGCGGAGUGCCCGGGCCCCCGGGGCCCGCCUCCCCACCCCGCUGCGGACAGCUCCUGGGAAGCCCCGGUCCAUCCAGCCUUGGCUCCCAACAGCUCAGAACCCUGGAUGUGGGCCCAGCCCGUGGCCACGGGCGAAUAUCAAGAUCAUGGCCCGUUCUGGGGGUUUUAUUUUCUGCUUUUAGCUGUUCAGGCCUUGAUCACCGUGAUCAUCGUGUUUGCAUUGAUUAAAAUUGGCCAGCUCUUUCGAAAAUUAAUCAGAGAGAGCGCUCUUGGUUAAG